AUGACCACGACUCGACAAGCUCUCAUCGAUAAACCAAAGGGGACUACCACAUAUCGUCUUGGUCAAACAUUCCUCCUCCACGUCUUCUGGGAAGCACCUAGUCAAAGGACAGCACAGGAACUCCUGGAUGCUCUAUCCAAAUGCGCCGCCGCUACCCAUCGUGAUACGCCAUGCGUACCAGUGUACUUCUUCCGCCUUAGUCAUAGCAACGAAUGCGCCGCAACCUUGACGAUUGACGAUCACCCUCAGCUACAAGCUGCCAUCCGGAAGCUUCAGAUCGGCGUCCCCCGUCCAGCUGUUGAGGCUGACCUGCGACGCCGUGGACUAGACCCUGCGUUGUUAGACCUUGCUCCAUCAGCUCCGUUGCCGGCGGAGUUACAGAAUAAGCCUGUUGUAGUCGAGUUUACGGAGUUGUAUUUAGACCGUGAGGCAUUCUAUGACCAUGUCGGCUCGAAAGAUUAUUUGGCAGCCUACGAAUCCGUGAUGCAACCCGGUCUACAGAACCGACAGUGUACUCUGCGCUUGGGUGAGCCCACCCCGGACCUCGUGGAGAAGAUCUUGGAGCCAAUGCUAAAGGAGACUGUGAUGCCAUUGACAUCAUCAUGUUAUCUUUUUCGGUCCCCGGUCACGGCAGUAACGGGUGCGACACUGUAUUCUCUUGAUUUGAGUGACCAAAGGGAAGAGAACAGCGACAAUCGGGCAGCGAUGGCUGGUCGUUUGACUGAUGCACUGGGGGAGGAAUGUAUCUCCUGUGUUACAUUUCCACACCCUUGGCGUCCGAAUAUUUUGCGUCUGAUGUGCGUCUCACUUGGGUUACCGACGAGAGGGGUGUUGGAGACAGUUGCGGCAAUGCAGCUGGAAUCUGGCGAGGUGUUUUGUGACGAUAUAAGUACAAAAUUGGUACGUGAAAUAGCUCAGCAGGUCGGCAUAGGGGCGACUCUUGUUGUUAAUGCAAGUGAGCAUGUGGGAUACUGGUUCCAUGACCGUGUAGCUGAGUUGAGGCCGACAAAGUAG